GCUACUUCCUGCACCGCCGCUACACGUUGCAACUGCGACUAGUCGAUCUCAUCGAUCUCUCAAAAGACUACGAGCUCUUCACAGGGAAUCGAGUGUGUUUCGGUCGUUUGGGCCGCGCCAAGCGGAAGCGGAGGGAUGCAGGGGACAACGACGACCAAGGCCGGGCGCAACGGCGACCGCGCCGGCACCGAAGCCCCGGGCGCGACGAGGGCGACUGACGGGAGGGGCGGCGCCGCCGUGGCAGCCCGCAAGGUCGGGGACAUGCGCGGCGUGUCGGGCGUGGAGGCCAAGGACUCGCUGACCAUCGUCGCGCUGCAGUCGCCGGUCACCGUCGAGCGCCCCGUCCGCGGCGACCUCGAGGAACACGUCCCCAAGCCAUAUCUUGCGAGAGCGCUGGCGGCGCCGGACAUCUACCACCCAGACGGAACCACGACGGACGAUCACGAGCACCACCACCUCAGCGUGCUGCAGCAGCACGUCGCCUUCUUCGACCGCGACGACAACGGCAUCAUCUACCCAUGGGAAACCUACGAAGGGUGCCGUGCGCUUGGGUUCAACAUGAUCAUGUCCUUCCUCAUUGCUCUGGUCGUGAACGUGUCCAUGAGCUACCCCACGCUGCCUGGCUGGCUGCCGUCCCCGUUCUUCCCGAUCUACAUCCACAACAUCCACAGGAGUAAGCACGGGAGUGACUCUGGGACCUACGAUAACGAGGGCCGGUUCAUGCCGGUGAACUUCGAGAACAUCUUCAGCAAGUACGCGCGCACGUCCCCUGACAGGCUCACCUACAGGGAGGUGUGGCAGAUGACCGAGGGGAACCGCGAAGUGCUCGAUCUCUUCGGAUGGUUCGCGGCGAAGCUGGAGUGGACGAUCCUGUACGUGCUGGCGAGGGACGAGGAAGGGUACCUGGCGAGGGAGGCCAUCCGGCGCAUGUACGACGGGAGCCUGUUCGAGUACGUGGCGAUGCAGCGGGAGCAGCACGCUAAGAUGUCCUAGAUUAGCUUAGUUAGCUACUGGAUCGGUCUGUGGGUGUGAGAUCGAGCCUGUGACGCAGGGGACAUGCAACGGUGCUCUGCCUGCCGGCUUAGGUCUGGUGUUCUCUCUGGACUCUGGGUGAUAACAAAAGAACACCCAGAUGCGUGUCGUGUCUGCUUGUAAUUAACUUUGUAUCUUGAUGCAAGAGAAAUAAGAAUAACGUGUGGAGGAUGCGAUAUGCGCGAAUAAUGUUUA